GCCGCUGGCGCUCCCCCUGCCAGAUGCCUCGCUGUGGCUGGCCAGAACGGCCAGAUCUCCGCCCAAGUCGGAGUCAUCCAGACAACCACCAACUCCCAACUCGCCCACGACACCAAAGACCCGAGCACCCAAGCACGCACCAUCAUUACACUAAUACACUAUAUACGUCCACACAGUCCACACACACGUCCACACACACGUCCACACACACGCCCAGUCCCUGUCCCACGUCCCACCAGAUGCAAGACCAGCAUGCUGCCAGCCAUGAUGACUGGCAUUGGCGCAGGCCCUAGGCCAGGUCCGGCCCCAUGGCAAAGGGCCUAAACCGCCUAAACCUGUGCGUCACCAUCCCAGAUCGAAUCGUCGACUUUUGGACCAGACCAAGGCCGCUGGCAACGCACCAGUCAGGCCCUCUCGCCGCAACGUGCUGUACCGUGCCGUGCUCCGUACCUACAGUACACACGUCGACGGGGUCUCCAGUCCCCGUUUUAGGUGGUGUGUCUGCGUGCUGGCUUGUAAAUGGCUCCUCCCAGGUGCAGCGGAGGCGGCGGCGAACUCGAGGCAAAUCGCAUCGUGGAUGCCACACGCCCACACCUCUCCUCUUUCUCUGGGCGCCUAGACGCCUUGACGCCCCCAGACAGUCAUCGUCUUCUCCGCCCUUUGCGCAGUUGGCUCGCUGGCCGCCCUAUUCUCCGUCACCCACGCUGUCGGGUCCGACUGUCGGCUCUCCCUUGUCCAAAGCAAGCCAUGAUGACGCUGUGCCGGUAAAAGCCAGCCAUGGCCCGUUGCCAGUCCCACGAUCCUCCUCCCUGCCUGCACCGAGAUCUUGUUCGACCACACCCUCUCCCUCAUACUCCCCAAGUAUCCUGCCACAUAUGCAGACAAGACAUACAUGCCCUCGCAUACGUCCUGCAGCACAACACAGUACAUGCCUCUUGUUGCUACCGCUCAUCGCAUCGCAUCGCAUCACUCUGCACCAAACCCUGUCGCCUCAAGUCGCCUUACAUUCAACUCGCCGGAACGAGAAGGCGACGAUAGACUCUGACAAGCGAGGCCAGUUAGGGUCAUUCCCGGACGCCUCUUUUCAACCUUGAUUGUCCUUGUCAUUCUCCUUCUCCUUCUCCUUCUCCGCCUCUUCCUUCAACUUCUUCCCGGUCCCUCAUUCCAUUCGACUUCUCCUCGUCUCUCUUAUUCUACUUGCC